GCAAAUCGAAGGACCCUUUUUAACGUUAGGGCGGCCGUAGUAAUGCCUAACACAAAUAAGUAUAUAAUAAAACCAUUAGUCAAAACAACAUUGUGUCAAAAGAGUUGUUUGUGAAAUUAACAUUUUAAACAUACUUACAACUUUAUGAUUACAACAAAACAUAUUCCCAUUCGUCAUUAUUUGUUAGAUUAAAAUCAGGAACGAUAUGACCGGAAAGAGAGUAGGGUCCUAAUCCGACUGGUUGCUAGGCUACAGGGUAGGCUCGAUACGAAAUAAUUUAGUUACAUACUGCGAAUGCAAAGCUUGUUUUGUUUGUUUUGAUGUAUUUGUAGAAACAGUGAGUAAACAUGCGUUUCGAGGCGAAGCGUUGCGGAGUAUGCUUCAACCCACCUUCCAUCGUGUUGAUUUAUAAAAAUACAGAGACUAACAAAGUGAGAAAACGAGUCAUUCCCGUGCGAAACUUUUCACAGUAUUCUGAUUACAGCCUGGCUGCCGAAAGGCUGAAAAACCACCCCCGGCACAAGGACUACCUGGAGAGGGUCUCCCAGACCCAGUUGGAGAGGCUGCACAUUAUCCUGCGCGACCACCUUCAGGGCAUCAGUUUGGAGCGCAGCCUAGCCUCGCUGCAGGUGGACCCAGCUGAGGACCUCAACAAGCUGGACGACGAUGCACUGGCUCGCAAGAAGAGACACAUGGACGAGCUGUUUGAAAAGAACCGAACGCAAAGAGAGGACCCCGAAUUUGUGUAUGACCUGGAGGUGGAUUUUGGCAAGGCGGACGAUGAGAAAUGUAGCUGGGAUGAAGAAUCUAACGGAUUUUAAUAUUUGAUCAUUAUGAUUUUAAUGCAUUUACACAAUGACAGACAACAGUUGAUUAAUAGAGGAUAUUUAUUUGAUAUAUAAAAUAUUGAAUAUACAAAAUA